UCUUAACUAACUACUGUUAACUACUUGUAUAAUCUUCCAUACACCAGUCCGGUUUCGAUCUCAUCAGCCAACAAGCCCUUUUUUAUCAAGAAGAAGCAAUUUACAUCUACCGCGGCUAACUCAUUCAUAUAUUCUGUGUCGUCUGCUCAAUAACUUUCCUGCGAAGAUGCAGCUAAUCUCUGCGACUGUCCUCGGUCUUGUUCCGUUGGCUCUGGCCAACUCGAUUCUGGUCACUUUCCCUGCGGGAACCCCAGAUUCGGUGCUCAAGCAAGCCAAGGACUGCGUUCUAGAUGCUGGUGGUCGGAUCACGCAUGAGUUUACUUUGAUCAGAGGGUUCUCGGCCGACGCUCCCGAAGCAGCUAUUCAGCAGAUCUCGACCCAGUCCGCGGCUUAUAAUCCCCAUAUCGAACAAGAUCAGAUCGUCUCAAUUCAGUGACAUGGAUCCGUGCUGCUCAGUCUGCGAGAGAGAUGGAUCUGUUUAUUGACCUUUUUGGCUUACCUCCUGCUGGUCCCAGGAGCUCGCUGGCCUGGCGUCGGUGGUCAAUGGGAGUUUCUUGAUUUAAUAAAUGUUAUGAUAAUGAUAGUAGUCUUGGUCGUUUUGAAGUCGGAAUAUAGUUUAAAUGUGUUUCCAGGGGUUCGACGCCGAGUAAGCUGAGGUAUAUCGUCGGUAUCCUGGGACAUCCUCGGAAACAAUAUGGCUAGUAAAGUGGACGGAUAAGUUCCCCUGAAUGUUUCGAGC